CCGUCCCCCGGAAGUUUGGGUUAACUUGACUUGACAUGCACGUGUUUGUAGGUAUUAUUAUGUUUAUUCCAAGGUCGUGAUACAAACCAAUCACUAAGCUACAGCUUACACUGCAUAGCUGGCAGGAGUAGAUGGGAAGACUUCAGAAACGGGUUUGCAAAUUGGUGCUGGACUACUUUGAAGCCACGUACACUAAAGAACUGGGAAGCAUCGCAUGGAGGAAGAUCAGGGAAAUCCUUACGGCUCCUGAAUUGUGGCAGUAUGCUGUCUUACUGAACAAUUUCACAUCUCCCUGCGAGGUGGAAAAGCGUCUUCACGAGAAAGGCUAUCACCUGCUGCUUCAAGAAGCCUUAUCAGCCCGUCCGGAAACGUUGAAGUGCUACGUUAAUAAAAGCCCUGGCAAAUUUCCCUCGCAGCGGCAUCAGUUUGACAGACUUAAAGAGUACUAUAUCCUAAACGCCUCGUCGCUGCUGCCCGUGCUGGCGCUGGAUGUCAGGGAUGGAGAGCGGGUGCUUGACAUGUGUGCCGCUCCGGGUGGGAAGUCCAUAGCGCUUCUGCAGUGUGCAUUACCAGGAUAUCUCCAUUGUAACGAAGCUGACGUUCACAGAUCAAGACGGCUGAAGCAGACCCUGGAAUCUUUUGUUCCAAAGUCUCACAUGAAUUUUAUCACCAAUUUUGAUGUGGAUGGGAGGUCAAUAGGGAAGCUCUGCCCUCAAAUGUAUGACAAGGUGUUGGUAGAUGCCCCUUGCUCUAAUGACAGAAGCUGGCUAUUUUCUUCAGACGCUGAACAAGCCACAACUAGAAUACUUCAAAGGAAGACCCUCCCUGGCAUACAGACAGCGCUACUCAGGUCAGCAAUUCAUGCACUUCGCCCUGGUGGAUCAUUGGUGUAUUCAACCUGCACUCUGUCGAAGGCGGAAAAUAGUGAUGUUGUCGCCAAUAUCUUAAAUUCUUGCGAUGAUGUUAUUCCUGUGGACCUCAGUGAUUUGGGUACUGCGUUAUCUCACGAGUUUACUUUUGCCUCAGGUGUACGUCAUGGACUUUUGGUUCUUCCAGACCAAGGAAAAUCAUGGGGCCCCAUGUUCGUAGCUAAAUUCAGAAAGAAAAUCCAAUGACUGCUUUUAGUUUAAUAACUAAUUAUUAUUGUUAUUAUUUAUUGUUUUAUAUAGCACCAUCGUAUGCCACAUCCCGAUGGUACAUACAAUGGGUAAAUGGGACAUAACAAGUAGUGCAUCACAUAACAAUAACAAAAGGUGAGGAGGGCCCUGUUCAAAUGAGCUUACAAUCUAGGAGGAGGUAGGAGUAAAUUACAGAAGCUCAUUCUCAUUACUGAUUAAAUGAAUAAAUAUAACUGCAAAACAAAGAUUUUUUUAUAAAUAUGUAUAAUCUAAAAUAAAAUGUAAAAAAGUAACAA